AUGGCAGAUAAAUACGAUAAAAAUGGUUUUAAUAGUGGCGAUUUUAAACGAAAUUCUAAUCAAGAUAAGCCAGAAAAUGAACGGGAUCAAGAUGGCGAGGAAGGGCCUCAUGUUAAUGAAAAAGCCGGGGAAUAUAUGCGAGAAUUGUUAAGUGAAAAAAUUAAGCUAAGUAACGGAAAGUUUCCGUUAUCGACAAGACUUCUUGAUCAAGAGGUGGCUAAAGUGCAGGCAAAUGGGAGAAUUCCGCCUAAAGACUCUAAAUACGUCGAUGUCUAUAAAGAGAAACCAGUUAAGGUCAUUGUCAAAGUAUUGGUACCUGUUAAAGAACAUCCAAAGUUCAACUUUGUCGGCAAGCUGCUUGGCCCUAAAGGUAACACAAUGAAACAGUUACAAGAAGAGACCAUGUGUAAAAUGGCAGUGCUUGGAAGAGGAUCAGUCAGAGAUAGACAGAAAGAGGAAGAGCUCCGAAACUCUUUGGAUCCAAAAUAUGCACAUUUAUCAGAUGAAUUACAUGUGGAGAUAUCUGCAUUGGCGCCACCUGCAGAGGCUCAUGCAAGAAUUGCUUAUGCUCUGGCAGAAGUCAAGAAAUACCUUAUACCUGACACCAACGAUAUGAUUAGGCAUAAUCAAAUGCGGGACAUGGGUGACAGAGAUGCAGGGCCGGGACCGGGGCCAGGGCGUCGCCCUUUACUUGAAGGGCCGGAUGGGAGACCCAAGAACAUAAUGUACAGCGCAUGCACUGUUACCAAGCGCUCCUUCUCCUACCGGGAUCCCAUACAUAGUAAUGAGUCAGAAGUUGUGCGUCCUCCUCCUCCACCACGGAUGCCGCAGCCACCGCCACCGAUGCGUGCGCCUCCUGCAAAAACCAAGGUGCUGAGUAUAUUGGACAGAGCUCGCUCGGCAAUGGAGACUUCGUACGCAUAUGAUGAUGCGUAUGCUGCGCCUGAGCCUCCGCAGGUGCGCGGUCCGCCGCGCGGGGCGCCGCCGCCCGACGAGUUCUACUACGAGCGCGCGCCGGAGCGCUUCUACGAGGACGACGGCUACGGCUACAAGGAGGAGCCGCGCGAGUUCAAGCCGGCGCGAGACGUCGGCACGCGCCGCCCCGGCCCGCCGCCGCCGCAGCGCCACUUCGCCCGCCCGGCGCCCUACGGACGCCCGCCCAAAACCGGAGGUAAGAAACGUGGUCAGUAG